AUAUCACUUCAUCAUUAUAAUUUCAUCCAUUUCUCUAUAUCAAUUACCAUGUCUGAAGAGAAACAUCACCAUGGUCUCUUCCAUCACAAAAAAAAUGAAGAUGACAAUCCUAUAGACACUAAUUCUGAUUACAACAAAACAUCAUCCUAUUCCAAUGAUCAAUUUUCUGGUGGUGACUAUGGUGGUGGAUACUCUGACAACCAAGGAACCACCGGUGGUGGCUAUGGUGGAGGAUACUCUGACAACCAAGGAACCACCGGUGGUACCUAUGGUGGAGGAUACUCUGACAACCAAGGAACCACCGGUGGUGGCUAUGGUGAUGGAUAUUCUGACACCAAAGCAACCACUGGUGGUGGUUAUGGUGGUGAUGGAUAUGGUGACAAAUACUCCAACACCCAAACCACUGGUGGUGGCUAUGGUGACGGAUACUCUAACACAGCCACCGGUGGUGAUGGCUAUGGUGACGGAUACUCCAACACCAAAACAUCGACCGGUGGCGGCUAUGGUGAUGGUGGUUAUGGCGAUAAUACCGAUCGACGUGACGAUGAUGAAAAUUAUAAGAAGGAGGAGAAACACCACAAGCGUUUUGAGCAUGUUGGUGAAUUAGGUGCUGCAACUGCUGGUGGUUUUGCUUUGUAUGAGAAGCACGAGUCAGAAAAAGAUCCAGAGAAUGCUAGGAGGCACAAGAUAGAAGAAGAGGUUGCAGCAGCAGCUGCAGUUGGAUCUGGUGGGUUUGCCUUUCAUGAACAUCAUGACAAAAAGGAAGCAAAGGAAGAAGAGGAGGAAGCUCAUGGAAAGAAGAAACACCAUUUCUUUGGCUAAAUUAAUUAAUUAAUAUAAGCACACAAGCAUUAUGGAGAUAUUCAUUAUGCUUUUGGCUUAAUAUGUUUUUAUUGGUGCUAAGUUCGUUCAUCUUCCAGUUUAUUUUGAGUGCUUUGGAGAAUGUUUUCAGCUUCGUGUUGCUUAAUUAUAUUAUAUAUAAAUAUGUAUGUAUGUAUGGAUAUGUUCAGAAUAUUGUUGUAAAAGAACGUGAGAUGAUUUCAAUAAAAUUACUUGUUCUGUGGUGAAGCAUAAGCA